AUGAUGCACACUCUUCUCAACAUCUUUGACUGGACCGGGCGCUUACCAGUGUGGGCCAACAUGGUGGAAACGAACAUCAUGAUCGCCACAAAUGCCGAUGUGGUACUGGCAAAUGCAAUCUCACGUGGCUUCCGUAGCUUCGAUCUCGCAAAGGCGUGGAAAGCCGUAUGGACGGAUGCAUAUGUGGCCCCUGACAAUGACACGGAAUUGUUAUACUAUGAUCGCGAGCCUGAGACAGGAUAUGAAGCUCGUGCAGGAUUGACGAGCUAUAUGGAGCGUGGCUGGGUCGCGAAUGAUGGAUGGUCGGAGUCUGCGUCCAGGACGUUAGACUAUGCUUUUAACGAUGCUGCUUGUGCUGUGGUGGCCAGAGCCAUAGGCGACAUCCAAGGGGCAGAAUCCUUGGAGAGGCGGAGUAAGAACUACAAGACCAUUUGGAAUAACGAAACUCAAUUGAUGCAAGCCCGAAAUGCGAACGGAACUUGGGCAAAUGAAACUUGGGGUUGGACAGAAGGAGACAAAGGGGUAUACACUUUCGAUGUGAUGCAUGAUAUCAAUGGACUGGCGUCGCUUUUUGCAGGUGGCCGUGAUGGCCUCAAAAACAAGCUCGACGAACAUUUCGCUGGAGGACACAAUUUGCACAGUAAUGAGCCCGCACACCACGUUUCCUAUCUGUAUUCUCUUCUUGGAGAUCCUUCGUCGACAGCGGACCAAAUCAGAUCGAUCAUGUGGGAGGACUAUAACGCAACAAGCUCAGGGCUCAGCGGCAAUGAGGACCUAGGCCAGAUGAGCGCAUGGUAUGUGUUCUCGGCGCUUGGAUUCUACCCUGUCAACUCUGCAAGCGAUGCAUAUGUUAUUGGUUCGCCGAGCUUUGAAAAGGUCACUCACUAUACGACUGCCAGCUGGGGCGAGGACUGGGGGUGA